AUCAUGGCUGCCCCCAGUGCGCCGCGUCCGGGGCUUGUGGGUGUUGCACUGACUGACAGCUCCACCACCGCGGACCCGCCCUUUGCCCUCACCAGACGGACCGUGGUCAGGACGGUUUAGCUCUGCGAGGCGGCGGCCGGCGAGGGAGCCAUGGGGACAGUGCACGCCCGGUUAGCACUGUCUUGCACCAUACCUGGCACAUGGUGUUCAAGAAAACUUGCUGGGGGCACCAGAGUGGCUCAGUCGGAGUUUGGAGCCUCUUCCAGCGAAUGGACCUGAUUUUGGUGCAUUAGGAGAAGAAGCUGAGUUUGUUGAAGUUGAACCUGAAGCUAAACAGGAGAUUCUUGAAAACAAAGACGUGGUUGUUCAACACGUUCAUUUUGAUGGACUUGGAAGAACUAAGGAUGAUAUCAUCAUAUGUGAAAUUGGAGACGUUUUUAAGGCGAAAAACCUUAUUGAGGUGAUGCGGAAAUCUCAUGAAGCCCGUGAAAAAUUGCUUCGCCUGGGAAUAUUUAGACAAGUGGAUGUUUUGAUCGAUACGUGUCAAGGUGACGACGCGCUUCCAAAUGGGUUAGAUGUUACCUUUGAAGUAACCGAAUUAAGGAGAUUAACGGGCAGUUAUAACACCAUGGUUGGGAACAACGAAGGCAGUAUGGUGCUUGGCCUCAAACUCCCUAAUCUUCUAGGCCGUGCAGAAAAGGUGACUUUUCAGUUUUCCUAUGGAACCAAAGAGACUUCAUAUGGCCUGUCCUUCUUCAAACCACGGCCCGGAAACUUCGAGAGAAAUUUCUCUGUGAACUUGUAUAAAGUUACUGGCCAGUUCCCGUGGAGCUCGCUUCGGGAGACAGACCGAGGAGUGUCCGCUGAGUACAGCUUUCCCAUAUGGAAGACCAGCCACACUGUCAAGUGGGAGGGUGUGUGGCGGGAGUUGGGCUGCCUCUCGAGAUCGGCGUCCUUCGCUGUCCGGAAGGAAAGUGGGCACUCGCUGAAAUCAUCUCUUUCGCACGCGAUGGUCAUCGACUCACGGAACUCCUCCAUCUUGCCGAGAAGAGGUGCUCUGCUGAAAGUUAACCAGGAGCUGGCCGGCUACACCGGAGGGGAUGUGAGCUUCGUAAAAGAAGAUUUCGAGCUGCAGUUGAAUAAACAACUUUUAUUCGAUUCAGUUUUCUCAGCGUCUCUCUGGGGUGGCAUGUUGGUGCCCAUUGGCGAUAAACCAUCAAGUAUCGCGGACAGGUUUUACCUUGGAGGACCGACCAGCGUGCGAGGCUUUGGCAUGCACAGCGUUGGGCCACAGAGUGAAGGUGACUACCUGGGCGGAGAGGCGUACUGGGCCGGUGGCCUGCACCUGUACACCCCCCUGCCUUUCCGGCCAGGCCAGGGCGGCUUCGGGGAGCUCUUCCGAACACACUUCUUCCUCAACGCGGGCAACCUCUGCGACCUCAACUACGGGGAGGGCCCCAAGGCUCACAUCCGGAAGCUGGCCGAGUGCAUCCGCUGGUCUUACGGCGCUGGGAUCGUCCUCAGGCUUGGCAACAUCGCCCGGCUGGAGCUGAAUUACUGUGUUCCCAUGGGCGUGCAGAAGGGUGACAACCCCGAACACCAGCACCGCCACCUCCCUCUUCUGAGAGCCCGGACGUGGAAAUGCGGCGCUCCUUUCAUCCCCACGCUGCUUUCUCUGCACCGCAAGUAUUAACUGCAGGAUAUGUGACGGUGUCCAGUUUGGAGCCGGGAUCAGGUUCCUGUAGCUGACGCGUGCUCUAGAGCCCGCGGGAGGAGCCCUGGCGCUCGGGCGGCCGUGAGCCAGUCGGGACCACACCUGCUCACCGAGUAAAUGCGUCCGCGCCGUUCUUUGCAGUCCUUAUGGGAAACCACGUCAAUAAAUUUUAAAGACAAAUACUCAGAGGCAUCGUGGAUAUGAUUUGCUUUCCCCCGCUCUGUGUCCCACGCCGGCUUUUCCAGAGGACCGCAUGGAGGGGGCGGGACAUUUAAAGCUGCCGCGUGUUCUUCCAUGUGGACCGGCCAGCCGGAAGGUCCCAUCACACGGCGGCCCCGAUAGCUUUUCCUCCCAGGCUCCUGGCGCCUCCGCGUCUGGUUCCCAUGUGCUGAAAGUGCUCGGCAGAGCCCCGGGGGCAGCCUGGGUGCCGGUGCAGGGCACAGGCUCUGGCCGUGCCGAGGGGGGAACCACAGUGGUGGGGACCGCGGUCACAGCUCCGGGGGUUAGAGUCCUUUAAAUGCACGUGGGUGGCAUGGAAGAAACAUGUGGCAUGCUGGGGACACUGAGGCAGAGAGGAAAAAUGUGUUCUUCAGAGGUAAUAGCAUUAAUGAGACGAGUAUACCAGCUGCCUGACGAUGCUCCAACAAAUUGCCACAAACCUGGAGCUUAGAACAGCACAAGACAACCAUCGUGGCCUGGAGGUCGGCGGUGCUCACCGAAGUCAGUGUCAGCACCACUGUGUUCCUUCUGGAGGCUCCAGCGUUCCGUGGCUCACAGUCCCGUCCUGUAUUUUCCAAGCCAGCUGCAGAGCAUUUUCCAGUCUCUCUCUCUCUCUCUGCCUCUUGCCUCCUGGUGCUUUUUCAGACCCUCGUGAAUCCAUGGGGUGCUUCUGGACAGCCCAGCUGCUCUAUUUUAAGACCGGCAACCUCGGGUUUAUCUGUGACCUUAAUUCCCCCUUGUCAUGUUCUGUGAUGGCCACAGAUUCCAGGACUUAGAACACGGACGUCUUUGGGGGGCUGUGACUCUCCUGCACAUACCUUGUAUCUCUCAAAGUAAUAUUUUCAGGAUAUGCUUAAUCAGUCAUGUGAAAAAAAAUUUUUUUGAAAAUUAAACCUCCUUCGAAUUCUUCCUAUUGAAACGUCCAGGGUUGCAGAUGGUUCCCAGUCGCGUUUUACUACUGGAUUUUUCCCUCCUCUCUCUGGGGCUGAGUUCCCGUCCUUGCAGUCCUCCCUGUAACUUGUUGUUUAUGUCUUUGCCUGUGAACAUGGUUUUCGGGAGCAGCGUGAGACCGAGGCCCCCUGUCGUCUCGGGGCCAAGCUCUCAGGGCUCCCAGGGACUGUCUUGCCCCAUUGCCUGUGUGAAUUUUGGGGAUUUCGCAGAGAAUAUGUAAGAAGGAGCGCAGCUUUACCUUUCUGAUUAGUUGGGAGGGUGGAGAAAUACGCUUUUCCCCUGUUUACAGUCUCACGUUUAUGCGUUUGGCCCGUGUGGUAACACUGUCAUGUUCAGACUGUAAGUUAAGAACAGUAAAACCUGAAUAACUCUCUCA